AUGAAGAAUACCGCGAUUCUGUUCCUCGCGGGCACUGCUCUCGCAGCACCCUUCAACAAGACCCUCGAAACCCGCGAGCCCUGCCUUUGGCUCGACUCUGCCUCGGGUGGUAACGGCGGUGGAAGUGGCUCUGCCAGCGGCUCGGGCAGCGGACUUGCCUCUUUCCUCCCCGGCUUCUUGGGUGGUGGCUCUGCUUCCGCUAGCGGCUCCUCUGAUUCUUCUGCCGAUUCUUCCGCUGAAGCCUCCGCUGAAGCCUCCGCUAAUGCGUCUGGAUCCGGCUCUGCUAGCCUAGGGGGUUCUGGCAGUGGCUCUGGUGGUGCGUCUGCAACCGGUGGUCUUGGUCUUGGGCUUGGUGGCUCUGGCUUCCCUGGCCUCGGCGGUUCUGGUUCAACUGACAAUGGCGCUUCUGGAAGUGGCUCCGGUGGUGCUUCUGCAACUGGUGGUUUUGGUACUAGCUCAUCUGGUAGCGCUGAUCUUGGUGCUUCUGGCGGCGCUGGCCUCGGCGGCUCUGGUAGUGCUUCUGGUGAGGCCUCUGGCACUGGGUCUCUUGGUGCCGGUGCCUCUGGCGCUGCUGGACUGGGCGGCUCUGGUAACACUGGUCUUGGUGCAUCUGGCACUACCUCGGGUGGUGCUUCCGGCACGGGAUCUGUGGACUCUGGUGCUUCUGGCUCCGCUGGCCUUGGUGGCUCUGGUAGCGCCUCUAGUGGUGUUUCGGGCGGUGCCUCCGGCGAUACCUCUGGAUCUGGAUCUAUCGGCGGUGAUGCAACGGGUGAAGCUUCCGGGACCGGUUCCCUCGGCGCGAGUCCCACUGGCACCGAUUCUUCCGACACGGGUUCUUCUGGGGCUGGCGUUUCUGGCAGCGGCUCCGCUGGUGCUAGCGGUUCCGGAUCUGGUUCGUCUGGCACAAGCGUCUCUGGCGGCGUAGGCGCUGGCUCCGGCACCGGUACUUCUCCCCAGGAAACCAGCUGGAGCACCAGCGUCAGCUUCGCUCUCCCCGGUCCCACUGGCAUCUCUGGCGGCGCAAGUGGCUCUCUUAGUGGCUCUGCGUCUGCCCAGGCUUCUGCUGAAGCUCAGGCCUCUGCCAAUGCCUCUGCCAACGCCGACGCUUCUGCUGAUGCCUCCGGCAAUGCCAGCGCGUCCGCCGACGCUUCCGCCGACGCCUCUGCAUAA